UUUCGAAAAAAAGGCGACGUGGCUCCCCUGCGAUGUAAACCGAACCAGUUCUGAACCCGAGACGGUGUAUUUUCAUUGGAUUCGAAUCAAGAUGCUUGAGCACUGCUGCCUAAGAGCAGCAUAUCCAUGAAAUAUGUACGGGAAUGAUAAAUCCCAGUCGAGUGUGAAGACGAACGGACUAGCACCAAUGGUUGACAUCUUUAUACUAGUAGGACUAUUGCACACAAGAUAAUGGCAGUUGCCACGCAUCCGAUCUUAUCUGUCGUAGCUUCGCCGAUGGUCCGACGGUGCUACAUAUACAGGGAGAAAUGCGACGGGAACGCCACAGCACCACCAACCAGCCAUGACGGGACGCGCUGCAGCUAUCCUCGUGUUGAUGCUCUCGCUCCCGGCGGCGGCCCAUCUCGUCGCCGCCGACGGCGUUGACGCGGACACCAUCCGCCUCCCCAGCGACGGCGGCGAUGGUCUUGCAACGAACAAGGGAGGCGAGGAGCAGACGCCUCCUGACAAAGUAGUGGCGCCGACGGAGAGCGCUGGCGGCGCCCUCGAAGCAGAGAAGCCGUGGGCGUGCUGCAACAACACCGUGUGCAAGGAGUCGCUCCCGCCGGUGUGCCGCUGCCUGGACAAGGUGAAGGAGUGCGCCGCCGCGUGCGAACUGUGCGAGCCGUCCGGAAUCAACCACGUCUGCAACGACUGGUACCGUGGCGACCCAGGGCCCAUGUGCGCCUAGGAGGAGUGGCCGUGCACGUGCUGCGACCGGACCGUCGGCACCAGGACGUUCCC